AUGGAUUGGACUUCAGAAAAGCAAGUCCAGUUGGAGGACUACAUCAACACAUAUCUUGAUCAAUUGAAAGAUAUCUCAAAGUUCUACACCAAUAUUGACUGGGAGAGGGUCACCAAGACAACGAACUGCAAGAACGUUGAAUUUUUAAAUUUGAAAAUUGACGAGUUGUUUGACCUUAAAGUCUUUAGUCAAGAUUUGAAUCCCCCUCAAUUGGUAUCACUUUGGGGUACGAAGGAAUCGUCAUUAUAUACAGAUGUGUCACGAAUGAUCGACUCCAUAGGUCUAUUGCCCUUUAAAGAGGUAACACAAGAGACCAAUGCAAAUGCUGAAAGCGAGCAACCUCGGGCAGAGAUUGGCCCGAAUCAGAAAGCCCAUGAUAUGCCGAGAUUGACCAAAAAUCAGAGACGACUAUCUUUAGAUUUGAUGCAACCCCGACCAAACCCAGAUUUCACAGGCAAAGAUGGCCAAUUGGUCACGCCUGCAGCUACGAGCAUAACAAACUUGAGCGUGACCACUAGAUCCAAACCAGUCCUAGAACACCAUUCCAGCGGCCAACUGGCUUCAACAACAAGACCUGAAUUAAAAACCAGACCUACAUCACUAGUUGGCGAGCAAUUGCCUAAAUAUAUCCGUGAGCAAUUGCGACAGGCACAACCCGCUCAAAUAGUGUCACCAAAGACGGCUACCAGGAAACAUCUUCCGAACAAACUACCCACUAUUGAAGACACACGAGAAGUUUCGCGGAAAUCUUCUAGGCUACAAAACCUAGUAACUGCUUCACAAUCCCUACACGCGCAUUCCCAAAAUUUCAAUUCAACUACGAAUACGUCUGACGUGGAGCGCCAUUUACGAUAUGAUUCAGAUGAUGACGAUAGAGAAUAUAUACUGCCGGGCCUGUUGGCAAAGUAUUAUGGUGUCCAAUUGGAGGACGGAAGUGAUGUUGAUUAUGACGAUGAAGAAGAAGAAGAAGAAGAUGAUGAUGAUGAUGAGGAAGAAGAUGUAGAUUUUGUCAAUGUUGGAGGAAGUGUAUCUAAUGAUGAUGAUGAAAAUGAUUAUCUAUUCAAAGUCUAA